CGAUUGUGUCAUACGAUCUUCAAAUGGGAAAAGUACGAAAGUAUAAAUACUAGGAUUUGACUCGGUAGCAACGUAUAGACCUCCCUUUCGCCCUUCAAUGACCUCCCGACCAAUAACGCCGCCGUGGCAACUGCCCCCUCCUUGACGUUUCCAUGGCGGGGAUAUCCGUUAAACGCCAUACCCUUCUUUCUCGCUUCAAAAUCCUUCUUCCAUCACAGUGUCUUUACCAUAAAUUCGCUGAAGUCAGAAAUAAACCUCGACCCCGUAGCGACAAGGGCUCGGAUUUUGAACCAGGCGAAAUCAGUAUUUCUAAAUGGAAAAAGAUGGAUUCCAGAUCCUUAGGGAUAAGCCGAACAAUGGUCCCCUCAGCUCCCUAUACUCUUCUAAAGAUUCUCCAAACCCAAGGAUUUGAAGCCUACUUGGUUGGUGGUUGUGUGAGAGAUUUACUUCUAAAUAGAACACCAAAAGAUUUUGAUGUUAUCACUACAGCUGAUCUUAAUCAGAUUAAGAAGCAGUUUCAUCGAUGUCAUAUUGUGGGGCGCAGAUUUCCUAUUUGUAUGGUGCAUAUAAAGGGAUCAAUUAUUGAGGUAUCCAGUUUCAAGACUUUGGCAAAACAUUCUGAAGAUAAAGAAAAAUUUCUUGUAUCUCACAUGCCUAGAAACUGUGACAAAUCAGACCUUAAACUCUGGAAAAACUCCAUGCAUCGUGACUUCACUGUUAACAGCUUGUUCUUUGACCCUCUUAUGCACAAGAUCUAUGAUUACUCCAAUGGAAUGAAAGAUUUAUUGGAGCUAAAACUAAGAACAUUAGUACCUGCUAAUUUGUCAUUCACAGAGGACUGUGCAAGAAUACUUCGUGGAUUGAGAAUUGCAGCUCGUCUUGGGUUAUCAUUUUCAAAGGAUAUUGAGUCAGCAAUUCAUAAACAUGCUUCAUCCUUAUUGGAUUUAAGCCAGAGCAGGAUCAUGAUGGAGAUUGAUUAUAUGCUGUCAUAUGGAGCUGCAGAAUCUUCAAUCCGUUUGCUUCACAAAUAUCACAUUCUUGAGAUUUUGUUCCCAUUUCAGGCUGCAUAUAUUUCUAGACAGACUUCUGGAUCUGAGCAAUGUAGCAUGAUGAUGUUAAUGAAGAUGUUUUUGCAUAUGGAUAAGCUUUUUAGCUGUGAUCAUCCAUGUACAUUUCGGUUAUGGAUUGGAGUUUUGGCGUUUCAUCAAGCACUUGUAAAAAAACCACAAGAUUCUUUAGUAGUCUUGACUUUGGCUUCUGUUUUAUAUCAUCAAGAAUGGAAAGGUGGUGUUGAGUUUGUAAGGCAAUGUAGUCCAUCACCAGUUAGUUUUAAACCCGAAAUUUCAGAAUCAUCUGACUUGAUAUCUGAUGAUGAACUUUCUGAAAAAGUAAGCCAAUUAGCAUUGAAUGUGUUGGAUUCGAUUAAUGGUUUGGUGAAAGAUACGGAUAGGAUGCAGAAAACAAAGUCAAAACUCCCUCAUUUAAUAUUCAUAUCCAAGAACUCAGGACAUGGUGCUGCACAACUUUUUAAUGUUGUUGCACAUAAUGUGGAGAAUUACAAUAAGGGAAGAAGUUGUUUUGAGAUGGAGUAUGGGUUACUUGGAAAGGGUGAUGUUUCAGAAACUAGAUUUGCCCUAGGAAAGAUCAUAUUGAAUACUAUGGGGUGUAGGGUUGAUGAUGAAGAAGAUGAAAACAAACAGCUUAUAGAAGAAUCUGAUUCAAGAUUAUGGUUACUUAAUGAUGCACAUAUGAAGCAGAAAUGGAGCACUAGAAAGAAGCAAAAUAUACUAGUUACAGAGGUGAAAAAGAUUAAAGAUGAACAAGUUUUUGCAGAAGAGAUGAACACAUUUGAAUCCAGAAUCCAGAAACUUGCAAGCAUAUCAGUAGGAAAUGAAAGGUUCCCAUCUGAAUUAGAAUUAGAAGCUCAAACAGAAACCCUAAAAGUAGAUGAUGAGUCAAAGUCAAUAACUCAAGAACAAAUCCUUAACAGAAGAAGCCACAAAAGGAAAGGAUCAUUGUCCAUUCUGUCGUCCCUUUUCAAGUGAAUCUUAAUCUGGAACACCUUCACCUUUGCUUCUUCCAUAUCUUGUUUGCAACUAAACUCAGAUCUCUGUAACAUUUUGGGGCUGUUUGAGAUGCCUCUUACUGGGCCUGGUAAGAGGCCCAGUCCGACUCAGUCAGAUUCAGAUUGUUUGUACCACAAUUAGAAGCCUCUGAUCAGUCAUGUUUUCUCUGAUAUGUCUCUUUCUGGGUCUGAUAAGAGGUUGAGUUGACUCAAUCAACAACUAUCAUACAACUCAUUUGUCAUAUUUCAUUUUUAGGCUAUUAAUGACAUGUUCACUAAAUCAACCAAUAAUAGUGACUGAGUGUAGUAUGAUGUAGAAUUUUGAUGAUGAGGUAGGUGUACUGUUUUUAAUUCAUAAAAAAUUAGUG